GAGAAGACGCCAUUGCAGGUUUGCAACGCAAGCACCGUUUGUUCAGGUUUUGGAUAAGCAAAGAGCAUGGCUACUGACUCAAUCCGCCUCGUCAUCUCUUCAGGGUUUUCCUCCUUUAUUCCAAUUAACGGUUGGAAACGCGGCGGGCUUGCCUUAGGCCUCUGGAAAAGGAAGUUUUCUGAGCACAUCAUUUGCAAAAGUGAAACUAAAAGGUCAAGCGAAGAGCUAUUGGUGGUGGUUGGGGGCGGAGCAGCUGGGGUUUAUGGAGCAAUUCAGGCAAAGACGGUGGCCCCCAAUCUCAACGUGGUAAUUAUUGAGAAAGGGAAGCCUCUUUCCAAGGUAUGUGAUUUUUCUUUUUUCAUUUGCGCUGAUUGGGUAAGUCUCAAAAAGACGGUAUAUUUUGCACUUUUCUCAUUAAUGUUUUUUCGUAUGGUAUUUUUGGCAGGUAAAGGUUUCUGGGGGAGGCCGGUGUAA